AUGCCGUCAUUGAUCUUUGUCCAUGGAGCUUGGCACAGCCCAGAGUACUGGUCCAAAGUGAUCCCUGCCUUCAAGCAGCAAGGGUAUCGUUGCUUUGCCCCGCAAUUGGAUUUCUGUGGCACAGCCCAGCCCGUCGACUCCCUCGCGAGCAGCGUAAACCAGAUUCAGACACUCAUUGCCGAAGAAACCAUACUGGGGAAUGAUGUUGUGUUGAUCAAUCAUUCGUUCGGAGGCUCCGCAGGCUGCACAUCCGUCAAAGGGUUCACUCAGAAAGAUCCAUCGAGAUUGACUCCGAAUUCGGGCAAAGUCAUUGGAAUCAUCCAGCUUUGUGCCUUCAUGCCACGUUCGGAUCUUUCUCUAUACGACAUGGUCGAUAUUACACGUGUAUUCCACCACUCUGGACCAGAUGGUUGGGAAAUUAUUGAUCAGGACCCCGAGGCAUUGUUCUAUAACGACCUGCCCCCAGAGGACGUCCAGUUCUGGAAGAGUCGUCUGCUGAAACACUCAUCUGCCACGUUCAAGGACGCGGUCAAUGUCUAUCCUGGAUGGGCUGAUGUGCCAGUCUCGUAUAUCUUCUGUAAGAAGGACGGUGCUAUUCCGCUCCAGAUUCAAGAGGCGAUGGUCGAGGGCGCGAAGGAAGCAGGUGCAUCUAUCACGACGAAGUCCUUGGAUACUGGCCACAGCCCCUUUUUGAGCAAAACCGAGGAAACGAUUGGUGCGAUCGUGGAAUCUUUGAACACCUUGCAAGGCCAGUAA